UGGCCGAACAAGGGACCAGUUCAGAAAAGAAGGAUUUCCUUGGCCAAGCAGAUUUCCGAUGUCCUCUCGUUCUUUUCGAUAGGUCGUUGGGCUGGUGACGUGGGCCAGGGCAGGGGUUAAUGGCGAAGAUUUUUUGUGCCGUAAUCUUCUGAAGAGAUGCUGGAAGGACAGGACUAAUAUGAGUUUCAGCCUUCAUUACGGUUAGAAGCCUCACAGCAACUCAUCUCUAAGCUAGCUCCAACUCCGCGGCCGCAUCUGCUUGGUUUACCACAGUGAACGACGCCCAACCCUUUUUAAUUGUCGGAGUUCAACAUGGCCGACGAGGUGGCUGUUGUGUGCGACAAUGGAUCCGGUACGAUGAAGGCCGGGCUUGCCGGAGAGGAUGCGCCACGCGCUGUGUUUCCCACCAUUGUUGGUCGGCCUAAGGAUAUGUCAGGAAGCUAUGAGAAGCCUCUCGUUGGUCUCGACGCAAAGGAGAAGCGUGGAAUCUUGAUCCUGGAGCAUCCUAUUGAGCAAGGCAUUGUGACGAGCUGGGACGGCAUGGAAAGUAUCUGGCAGCACACCUUUCAUGAGCUUGGUGUCAUGGUAGAGGAGCGUCCGGUGCUCCUGACUGAAGCUCCUCUGAAUUCUGAGGCGGAUCGCGAGAAGAUGGCGCAGAUGAUGUUUGAGACUUUCUACGUGCCGUCAAUGUCGGUCGUCACUCAGGCUGCGCUCUCUCUGUACGCCAGCGGUCGCACCACGGGUCUCGUUCUGGACUUGGGUGAAGGUGUGUCCCACGCUGUCCCCAUUUACGAGGGUCAGGCUCUGACGGAUGCAAUUCUCCGUUUGGAUCUUGCUGGUCGUGAUUUGACUGACUACCUGAUCAAGCUCCUGACUGAGAGGGGUGACUCCUUCACUUACGCCUCUCCUGAUGAUCAGCGGGAUAAUGUGGGGGAUGUCAAGGAGAAGCUGGCAUACGUUGCCCUUGAUUUCGACCAGGAGACUGCACAGGAGAUGAGCUACGAGCUUCCUGAUGGACAGAUGGUUACUAUCAGUGCUGAGCGGUUCCAGUGCGCAGAACCACUGUUCAAGCCCUCACUGCUUGGCAAGGAAGGCUCAGGUCUCCACGAGAUGUGUUACAGCUCCGUUGAGAAGUGUGAUGCCGAUAUCAGGAAGAAUUUGUACGGCAACAUCUUGCUCAAUGGUGGUACUUCUAACUUGCGUGGGAUUGCUGAACGCUUGACGAAGGAAAUCACCCAGCUCGCUGGCACCGAGGUUAAUGUCGUUGCUCCACAUGAGCAGCGGCAGUACAGUGCAUGGAAUGGUGGAUCCAUGCUGGCGGCUCUGAGCACCUUCAAGGAGACAUGGAUUUCCAAGAGCGAGUAUGAUGAGUCCGGCCCGAGCAUUGUGCACAGGAAGUUUUCCCUGCCUGUGGCAUGAUGCAGCAUGUGUGCUCUGAUUUCACUUCGGAGUAUGAACCUAUUCUACCCUAUGUUGUGCACCAUAAUGUAGGAUCUCUAUGACAGCUUGCAUUUACGGUUGCAUUUUCCAAGACAUGUUGACAGUAGUAAUUCUGGUUGUUUUGGUUUUAUUGUUGAUACCAUCAAGGCAGCUAAUGCACACAUC